UGCCGUCAUUGUCCUUUCACAAUUCGCUCCGGGUGGUUGGCAAACUGCUGGAGCCUCACGAAUCCACAUUAAAACAAGGAAAUCUGUUAGUCAGGAUGGGAAGCUGGUCUGCUCUGUGAGUGCAGGUCAUAUUUAACUUUGGCGAGUGACGGAUACAAGUGCCCAUCAGUCCACUUUGGCAACCUCUUCAAAAUGCCAGCUGCAGAAGAAGACCACAGUCAGAUAAUCCGUGAGGUAUGGGCAAAUAACCUGGAAGAAGAGAUGAGAAAAAUUCGCUUAAUUAUUCAAAAAUAUAACUAUAUAGCUAUGGAUACGGAGUUUCCUGGUGUUGUGGUAAGACCAAUCGGAGAAUUCCGAAGCACUGUAGAUUAUCAGUACCAGCUUCUUCGAUGUAAUGUGGACUUGCUGAAAAUCAUUCAACUGGGAUUGACAUUUAUGAAUGAGAAAAACCAGUAUCCUCCUGGAACCUCCACUUGGCAAUUCAACUUUAAAUUCAACCUUACGGAGGAUAUGUACUCACAAGACUCGAUAGAUCUGCUGAGAACGUCUGGGCUACAGUUCAAAAAACAUGAAGAAGAAGGAAUUGAAACUUCUUAUUUUGCAGAGCUCCUCAUGACAUCUGGGGUGGUGCUGUGCGAUAAUGUCAAAUGGCUUUCGUUUCACAGUGGUUAUGACUUUGGCUACUUGAUCAAGCUUCUAACCCAUUCACGACUACCAGAAGAAGAGCAAGAAUUCUUUGAUAUCCUGCAUUUGUUCUUUCCUGCUAUCUAUGAUGUGAAAUAUCUGAUGAAAAGCUGUAAAAAUCUUAAGGGUGGUCUACAAGAAGUUGCUGAACAGCUUGAGUUGGAGCGAAUUGGACGACAGCACCAGGCAGGCUCAGAUUCACUAUUGACAGGCAUGGCUUUCUUCAGAAUGAGGGAGUUAUUUUUUGAAGACAACAUUGAUGACACAAAAUACUGUGGACAUUUGUAUGGUCUUGGAUCAGGUUUAACUAACAACCACAAUGGGACAGCUGGGACAUCAGAAGAAGAAACCAACAGCAAACAGCACUGACCACAGCUGAGACGUUUUAUCAAAUCUUGAUGUUUUUAGACAGACAUUUUACUACAAAAUGAGUGUUAUUCUCCUAACACACAGUUUGGAGAUAUUUGGCAGUGUACUGCCUAGAGGUAUUAAAUCUGGCUGCUUUUUUAUUAAAAGAAGAAAACAUUUGCCAUUUAACAUUUGUAAAUGCUGUGCUGUUGCCCAUUGUUUUCCAAAUCAGUAAGUGACAUGAGAGGGAAGCCAGGCUGGGGUCAAUCUGCAGUGGUCCAGUAGGACCCUUUGGGAUUGUACUUUGAUCUAAGUUUAUUUGUUUCUAUCUUUAUUAAUCACUAUUUCUCUCCCCCCAACACUUUGUUUUCCUUUUGUUUCCUCUUUGUUUUUCUUGAAAGGUGAGUUGGAGUGAAAAUUACAUCACAUUGUUUUGCUUGUUUUAUGGAAUAAUAAGCUGGAGCAACAUGGACUUGUGCAUUGUAAUAACCUUGUGGUUUUAUUUUGAGAUUACAUAUCCAUGCCUGAAAAAACAUUCUUCCUGAAGGAUGGCUGUGGGUAUAAAAUUAUUUCAGGGCUAGACCUUUUUAUGUUCACGUUUAUUGUGUAUUUUCACAAAGUAUUUUAAUGCCUUGUAGAGUGGAAUUUUCACUAUUACAAUGGAAGGGAAAAAGCUUCCAGUUCCACUAAUGCCCUAUAAAUUAUUAUUAUGUUAAUUCAAUUGACUUAAACAGCUAAAAGCAGGAAUUUCAACUGGGGUAUUUAGCUUAUUUUAUGACAGUCCUGUUAUUAAUUUUCAACAUAAAUGAGUUCAUUUAAAACAUUGUUCUUGUUUAUGCUUUUAUCAAAUUCUUGUUAUUAAUGUUGUAAUUAAACCUGUUUAAAGUAAGAAAUAGAAUUAAGAUUUUUUACAUCAAUUUUUAAAAUAAAAUUGUUAAUUGUAAAUCUUGAUCUUUUCAUCAUCUGAGUAUCCUGUAGAAAGUAAAUAUAAUUUUGCAAUUAGUUCAUUCCAUUCACUGUGUUUGUAUCAUAGAUCUGAAAUGUGAUAUUGAAUAGUAGGUUAUGUACCAUUUUCCUUUGUGAACUGAAUUGGCCUGAGCCAUGUGCUUUUUGUUCUGAUCUGAUUAAUGACUGCAUUACUAAUACCACAGGGAUGAUAAAUUGAUCCAAGUCCCACUGGUUAAAUAUUACAGUUUUGCUUUGAGUUGAAUGAAAAGAGACACUUGUAUAUGGACUUGAACAAAAACUUAAAUGUUAGUUUCCCUUAUACAGUCAAUUUCUUAAUGUUGCUGGAGAGGGGUCUCUGUUGAUGGAAGUAGUUUUACAUGUAAAAUGUUUAACUUACUUCAUAUUUUGUGUUUAAUUAAUUCCAACUUACAAAAAUGGAUCUUAACUUAAAACCGUGGUGCAAGACGUAGCUAUUGAUAUUUCACAACAGAUGAAAGCCUUUUCAUUUAAAGCACUUCCCUCUACAGAAAGCUCCUUUUUAAAAAUUAAUUCAUUGUAUUUAAUAUUUUGGUUACGUUGCAAGCUAUCUGAAUCUUAUAAAAACUGAACCAAUGUAAUUUAAAUAAGUUUGUAAAUUAAAAGUUUGAUUUGUAAAAGAAGUGUAUAAUUGA